UAGCCGCGUUCGUUAGGGUUUAACUUGUGAACGAGCGUGACUAGAAUCAUUUUGAAGUGAACAAUCGACAUGGCAAGAACGUAGUUAAACCAACAGCUCGGAAAAUAAAAUCAAGCAAGAAAGCGCAAAUACGUUUUGCUAGCAUUAAGAGUUAAUCAAAAAAUACACAAUCAUUUUUGUUUUUCUUGACUAUUUUACAAUGAUAAACGAAUCAUCAGCCAAUCUCUACAAAGAGGACCUGCCCGAUGUGUGUGAAAUAUUGAAGAAAAAAUCCCAAAAAUUAGCUCGAAAAGAAACCCUAACCAACACAUUGCCAUUUUUUAAAUGGCUCCCAAAAUACAAACCUAAAUUUUUACUUCAAGAUUUUGUUGCUGGUCUAACAGUGGGUCUGACAACAAUACCACAAGCAAUUGCUUAUGGAGUUGUGGCCGGUUUACCUCCACAAUAUGGAUUGUAUUCGGCGUUUAUGGGAUGUUUUGUUUACAUUUUAUUUGGAUCAUGUAAAGACGUAACAGUCGGACCAACAGCCAUAAUGGCUUUAAUGGUUCAAGGACAUGCAACGUCUAGUCCUGAUUUUGUGGUUUUAGCAUGUUUUAUAUCGGGAUGCGUUAUCCUUUUGCUGGGCUUAUUAAAUAUGGGCUUUCUCAUUCAAUUUAUUUCAAUGCCAGUUACAAUUGGAUUUAGUACAGCGGCAGCAAUUACUAUUGGGAGUGGCCAAAUAAACAGCUUAAUCGGACUAAAAAGUCCAUCAAAUGCCUUUGUAGCAUCAUGGCAGAAUUUCUUUACUAAUAUUACGCAUGCACGCUGGACUGACAGUUUACUUGGAAUAGGAACUCUGAUCCUGCUUUUGUGCAUGAGGAAAAUUAAAGACAUCAAGGGGCUUAACAAAUGCCUAACCAAAUACCUUUCACUCUCUCGAAAUGCUUUGGCAGUUGUGAUAGGAGCCAUAUUGGCCUACUGCCUUACACAUGAUGGUAACACACCAUUUAAAUUGUCAGGACAAAUCACACCUGGAUUGCCGCCAUUUGAAUUGCCACCAUUUAGCACUACUGUCAAUGGAACAUCGUAUUCCUUUUCAGAAAUGAUUUCCGAACUGGGCUCGUCAUUAGGAACGAUUCCAUUGAUUGCAAUCUUGGAAAGCAUUGCUAUUGCAAAGACAUUUAGUAAAGGAAAAUCUAUUGAUGCUUCUCAAGAAAUGAUUGCCCUUGGUAUGUGCAAUAUAAUGGGAUCUUUUGUUUCAUCAAUGCCAACGACAGGAUCAUUUACAAGAACAGCCAUCAACAAUGCAUCUGGAGUAAGAACAACUCUUGGUGGUGCAGUUACUGGAACACUGGUCCUUAUGGCACUAGUAUUCCUCACAACGACAUUUUACUAUAUUCCUAAAGCAACUCUAGCUGCAAUUAUAAUCGCAGCCAUGAUAUUCAUGGUCGAAGUUAAAAAGAUCAACGAGCUUUGGAUGGCCAAAAAAUCUGAUUUUAUUCCAUUUUUGGCAACUUUACUUUGUUCUUUAUUUUGGAGCCUUGAGUAUGGAAUAUUGUGUGGAGUUGGUGUGAAUCUUGUAUUUGUUUUGUAUGCAAGUGCACGCCCAAAAAUUGUCAUUUCAGUUCAAAAGAUAAGCGGAAUUGAAGUGGGUGUUGUCAAUGUGUUUUCAAAUCUUAAGUAUUCAUCAGCUGAGUACUUACGAUCAAAAGUGAUAAAAUUUGUGAAUGAACAUUUUGGUCGUGUGUCAGUUGUCAUAAUUUGUGGAGAGGAGAUAUUCUCAAUUGAUUCCACAGUGGCUGUGAAUAUUCUUUCUCUAAGAGAAGACUUAUCAUUAAUUGGUUGUGAAUUAAUUUGCUGGAAAUGGAAUUACAGCGCCGCUGGUGUUAUUUGCCGUUUUAAUCGUGAAGCUCAAAGUAUGUUUAAGUUUAUUGGAACAAAAGAAGAUGUUAUUGUUGAUCACAUAAAUUCACAGAAUAGUAUUAGCGCAACAAUAACAACAACAAAUCAGAUUCCUUAAAAUUAAUUUUUAUUUAUAAAAAGACUGUAAAUAUCCCAUUGUCGUAUUAUUUAAAGUUGAUGUUUUUAAGUUUAAAAAAAAUAAAGUACAAAAUAAAAAAUGCAUUUUAUUAAACGUUAAAAAAAAAAACAAUUAAGAAAAA